UCCUUUUUGAAAACGAGACGAGCACAAUGGCUGCAAUCGAGACAACAGAUCCCGGUGAUAAUUCACAGUUUCACAAAAUGUCAGCAAAGCAACUUAGACACAAAGCACAAGAAUUUUUAAGCUCGAGAAAAUAUGCAAAUAAUCUUGUUGACAUAAUCAGCCAGUGGGAAAAUUCUUGUAAUUUGUGUAUCAUGACUCUGGAGACAAUUUUUAUAGAGGUUUUAAGACGAGGCGAUAUGUACUUGGAAAGAACAAUAGCACUUACUAUUUCCGAACCAAGUCCUGAAGUUAGAUAUAUAAAUUGGUUAAGAGAUUGCUAUGAAGAAAUUUGGGUUAAAAUAUUAUCAUGCUUUGAAAGUGAUAAAAUAUCAACACAAACUCAAGCUCUUACAACAGCUAUAAAAUUAAUGGCAGAAGAAGGAAAAUAUCCAAUAGAUGUACCAGAAAGUCACGGAUAUAUAUUUCCAGUACAUCGAUUAAAAUCAAUUCUUAUGACGCUAUUGUCACCUGAUCGAGAUAAUUCAAAUAUAAUAUCAAAAUUUGAAGAAAUAAUCGGAUACAAAGAUGCAUUAUAUUAUGUAUUAAAAACUCUUCCAUCACUAACUCCUAAAAGACAACCACGUAAAUUAUUUAUUAAAAACCUUUUAGAACUCAUUAAUAGAUUGCCAUUAACAAAAGAAAAUGAAUACUAUGCAAGAAACGAAAACCAAGAAUUACUUUGUUAUUUACCCAAUUCAUCAGCAAGUUUUACAUGGGAUCAAUCAUCCGCAAGAAAAUCUUUAAAUAAAGUUUGGGCGUGUGUAAUGCAUUGGGAACUAACACCUCAGCUACACAAAUUACUUUUAAUCGUUCUUCUUGAACGGGUAAUCUAUCAUUUAGAAAAACCUAUACUGUUAACUGAUUUUCUUAUGGAUUCACUAGAUGCUGAUGGCCCAAUUGGAGUUCUUGCACUUAAAGGGGUUUAUAUACUUGUCACAAAGCAUAAUCUUGAGUAUCCUAAUAUUUUUACUAAACUUUACGCCAUGUUUGAGCCUGAAAUUUUUCACACCAAGUAUAAAGCUCGAUUAUUUUACCUCUCGGAUUUAUUUUUAAGUUCUACACAUUUACCAGAAGCACUGGUAGCAGCUUUUAUAAAACGUUUGGCUCGUUUAACUCUUGUUGCACCUCCAGAAGAUAUUCUUAUUAUUUUACUAUUUAUUGGUAAUCUUUUAUUACGACAUCCUGGUCUAAAAUGUCUAAUAGAUCAUCCUGAAGGAGGUGAAUUAUCUGAAAAUCCCGGCGUAGGAGAUCCUUUUCUUAUGGAAGAACGCGAUCCCCUUCAAAGUAACGCUCUGUUCAGUAGCUUGUGGGAAAUUCGUGCUUUACAAAAUCAUAUUUUACCAAGUAUAGUAACAGCUGCAAGAUUUAUUCGUAAUCCUCUGCCUUCUAUUGAAUAUGAUAUGGCUGCUGCAUUAGAAAAAACCGGUCAAAACAUUUUUAACAAAGAAAUUAAAGAUACUGUAAAAGAUAUUAUGUUAACAUUUGAACGACCGAAUUCUAUGUCAUUACCAAAAGGAGAAAGAUUAUUUCAAUAUUGGCAAUUAUAAAAUGCGCAUUGAGUGAUUGUUUUAUCUAUAACAAAUUAUUAUUAUUCAUAAUAAUAUAACGAAAUAAUUAUUCUAACGGGUACUCAUUGGAUCGAUAUCCAAACGCAUGAUCGGUAGAAUGCGUUUUUAAUGUUUAUUGAGUUACUGAUGGCUAGAGUAAUCAUGCUCGUUUCAAUAGUACUCGUUAGCAGUAUUUAAAAAAUAACUGAUUCAUUUUUUUUUUCAAAUCUAUCUUCAGUAACUUAAGAAAGUUAACUAUUAUUUUUUUUUUUUAAUUUAUGCGGCUGUGAAUCAUUCGUUAUGACGUUUGAAAAUUAAUAACGCAUUGAAAAUUAUGAGCCACAAAAAAAAAUCAUUUUCAGUUUUGUUUCAAUUGUUUUAUUUUCUAAUUGAGUUAUUUAAUUAUAAAAAAUAUAUGUAUCUUUAGAAAUAAGUAUGUUAAUUGAUAUAUUUAAUUAGAUAAUUUGCGACUAUUGAUAUAAAUAUUAUAUUUGUUUGCUUUUGUUGUUUGUAAAAACAUUUAUAUUCACGUAUAACAGAUAAUAAACAGUUUAAUUUAAUAACUAA